AUGGCUCCCCAACCGCCCCCGAUGCUGUCCAGCAUCAACAACCAGCACAUCGAGUCGACGGCCGAGACGUUUGACCUCACGCCCGAGGAGAUCAAGAACCUGCGGCGCCACGCCAUCGAGGCCAAGGCCACCGCCUACUGCCCAUACAGCAAGUUCCGCGUCGGCGCCGUGCUGCUCACCAACGCCGGCGCCUACAUCCCCGGCGCAAACGUCGAGAACGCCGCCUACCCCGUCGGAACCUGCGCCGAGCGCGUCGCCUUCGGCAAGGCUGUGACCGAGGGCCACCGCGGCUUCAAGGCUGUCGCCGUGGCCACCGACAUCUCGCCGCCCGCCAGCCCCUGCGGCAUGUGCCGGCAGUUUAUCCGGGAGUUCUGCGAGUUGAGCAUGCCCAUUUUGAUGUUUGACAAGGAUGGGAAUUACUGUGUCCUACGCCUCGAAGACCUGCUGCCCAUGUCGUUCGGCCCUGAAGACCUCAACGGCACAAGACAGCCUGCGAACUAA